UUUUAUUCUUUAUUCAUAAAACAGAUCCCAAGGGCUUUAAUCACUGACGUGUGUCGCUGUAAAACUGACAACCCUCUUUGUCAUAUAAAAUAAUAGACUUAAAAAACAGACUGCUUAAUUAAAAGGACGAUAUGACUUUUGUGAAUGACGAAGGUAACAUGUCGGAUCAAUUUUUAAGAACGAUGUCAUUUUUGUGUCCAUUCUCGAAUCCAAUCGCCGACCGGAACGAUGAAAUUUGUGGCGUUAACGUUCGUCUUAAUUUGUGGAACAUGUAAAUCCCAGUUGCCAGAUUUAACGCCAGAAAUAUUGAAACACUUCUUCCGAGAGAUGCCCGGUUCGAAUUUUUACUUUUGCAACGGAAAGGAUGCGGUCAGAACUACCAAAGCGUUUGUCGGCCAGUACAAUUUUGUCAGCACGAGGCUUUUACAAAGCGUCCAAUCUAAUAAAGAGAUAAAAAUUACAAUGGACCUUACGCCACAGAGAAUUGGAGUUUUUUUAGACUUGACAUGCAAUGAAGGAUACGAUUUCCUUGAAAGCAGUUUGGGUUUGUUCAACAUGACGUAUCGUUGGCUUAUAUGGACGUGGGACAUAAACGAGACCCUGAUAUCAUUAAGAUCGUCACGGGUCAUUCUCGACAGCGAUGUCACACUCGCCACCCACGGCGUAAAGUUUUAUGACCUGUACAGAAUACACGAAACGUCCGAUUUCAUCAUCACGGAGAUUGGCCUGUGGACAGACGAAGGACACAGCUUUGACGAAAAACCGAAACGAACGGAUUUCCGUCAAUUUGUUUUUAAUGCAAGUCUUAUGAUGGUCGACAUCCAGUUCAAUCUAAGUAAUUUGAUACCGCCCUUACUCGACAAAUCGUACGAACCUGGUAAGGACAUGGUGAGGCGCUUCGGGCUGUCCUUAUUCAUGCACAUAUCGGAAUUCUAUAAUUUCAGGAUGUCCUACGUUUUGUCUAAUGCAUGGGGCGACCCGCUGAAGAACGGCACAUGGACAGGCAUGGUGGGCCAGGUGAAAAGGGGCGAAAGCGAUUUCGGCCUGGCUCCAGCAAAAUACGUAAUGGAAAGAUACAACGUCAUCGAUUUUGUGACAUCAUUACACAUCGUACGGGCUUGUUUUACAUUUCUUCAGCCUAAGUUGUUUGGCACUUAUAAGGCUCUUGUUCUACCUCUGGAUGCUUGUGUCUGGGGCUGCCUUGGCAUUUUUAUGCUCUUAGGUGUCCUGGCGUUCAAAGCGGUCUCCAGGCACGACAAGACUUCGGUUUGCAACGAAAACUUAGGGGGCAGCAUACUGCUCGUGCUUUCGUCUUUUUCCCAGCAAGGCUUUCCUGACAAUUCGUACAUGCUUUCCACAAGGAUCAUCUACCUCUCGUUGCUCUUGGUCACGUUUUUUGUCGCAGCUUAUUACAACACUGCCAUUCUCAACGGUCUUUUAUUACAAGCUCCGAACGCGAUCCAGAAUGUAGAACAACUUCUUGAUAGCGACGUCAAUCUUGGAGUUCUGGAUGCACCUUAUUUCCGCAACGAAAUACAAACUUUGAACGAUUCUUUGACGUUACGUACGAGAAAGAAGCUUGAAAAGGCUAAACAAGUUUAUUUUAACGUUGCGGACGGAGUGUUAAAAAUAAAAAAAGGCCAGUUCGCAUUGUUCACAGAGGACGAAGCCUUAUACACUGAGAUUAUGCUUAAAAUGAGCGAUGCUGAGAUUUGCUCGUUAUCCGAGGUGGAAAAAUACAAACCUUUUCACGUCGGAGCCAUCGCACGUGACAACUCAGCGUAUAAGGAAAUGUUUAACAGAGCGUUUGCACUAAUUCGCGAAAGAGGAUUGAUGAACAGACAGAAAAAUUAUUGGAUCGUGGAAAAGCCGGAAUGCCAUUGGAAACAAGACGCUUUGUCCUUAGACCUGGAACCCAUGGCGCUCGCAUAUUUUAUCCUGAUCCUUGGUUUCAUUCUGGCUUUCACGGCUUACUGGUUUGAACGUUGGGUUCACAAAAAAGAAAAGAAGUCUCUAGAAAUAAAAAUGUUAUAUUAGAUGAUGAAAGUCUUCUUGGUUUAUCGUUGUUGCACACCUGGCUUAGAGAAAAAUCUCUCCGUUGUAUCACGAUAUCUUCACGUUUACAUAUCUUUAUAUUAGCAUAAACAUAUCUGUUUUGUUCAAAACCUACAGUGAUCUAACAAUUUUUUUGCAUUGUUUACUAAUGUCAAAAACCCCUGGUUAAAGAAGCCUAAAUAAAAAUAUAAAGAGGAGCAUGAAUUUUAAGAAGAGAAAUAAUGGCCUGGGGUCAUGUUAACCACCGUCGACCAUUUUACGAAAGAGUCGGGUUUCUCUGAAAACCCACAUAAGGCUGAUUCUGUCGAUAUUUGAUAGGUCGACCGAAUUAAUUAUUGUUAUUAUUAAUUCUAGUUUAACAGAAAUUCUCCGUUUUCAUUUAUUAGUAUUUACGUACUAAUUAAUUGCACCAUAUUAGUUUAACGAUUUGCACACAUCUCGGAAUAUUUCAUCAAAAAAUUAUUGUCGCAUAUACAUACUGCUAAUAAUUAUUAAAAGUGAUUGUCAACAACUCCCAAGCCAUAUCAGCAAGUAUUUAUGAAAUAUUUCAUUAAAAUAACGUAAUGAAAAACAUUAUCAGCAUUCGUUGUAUUGGGCUGUAUUAUGCAAUGGUUUGCUGAUAAUAUUGUUAAUAUAAAAUCUAAAAAUAAGUAAGAUUGAGUUAAUUAUUAAAGUAUCAUAUUCCUCAAUGUUAUAAGAUCUCUUUUUCUAUCUUCCUACCUCUUUCGCUCUGGCUCUUUCACGCACGC